CCUGCACCACAACAGACUCAAGUAGAGCUCCGCGGUGUAACAUCUGAAGCCUCUCUUUUUUCCACCCGGAGAGCUCAGCAUUGCAGACCCGCCAUUUCCCCUGGUCGGUGGUCUUUUCUUUCUUUCAUCGCGCUUUAAAGCGGAGCAGCGGCGGCAGCGGCAGGAGGAGGAGGCGGCGGGGAAGCGGCGGCGGCGGCGACUGGCGGAGCGGCGGAGGCAGGCAGGAGGAGAGACGCAGGGAUCCGGUGUGCCACAUCGGGAUGAGAGCGAGACACAGACCCGGGUCGUCGGAUGAGUCAGCGAGUGGACCCUGCAACCACGGCAGCCCAGACAUCUGACUGAGGGAGCCGAGCGGCGCAACAAGACCGAAACAAUCCCAAUUUGUUUGAUUGUUGUUGUUGUCGGAUUCCGCUUCUCUUUAUUCCGCCCUCCCCUGGUCCGCGUCUGCCAUAGCCUAGCUGUGAUUUUUUGGUAAUCUCCACCAAGGUGGGAACACGGGGGGGGUGGGGUGGGGGGGGGGGGGUCCGGCAAGGUUGCGGAGGAGGUGGAGGUUUUUCUUUACUUUUCUAAAAGAGCUCGCUCCCGAAGAUAAACCCAGACUGCAUUUUGAAAGUCUUUUGUUGAGAGAAGAUGUCGGGACAGAGCAUUACAGACCGGAUAACUGCAGCCCAGCACAGUGUAACGGGAUGCGCCGUGUCGAAAACAGUAUGCAAGGCCACCACUCAUGAAGUAAUGGGCCCGAAAAAGAAACAUUUGGACUAUUUGAUCCAUUGCACCAACGAGAUGAACGUGAACAUUCCCCAACUGGCUGACUCGCUGUUUGAGAGGACCACCAACACCAGCUGGGUGGUUGUGUUUAAGUCGCUUAUCACCACACACCACCUCAUGGUCUACGGCAACGAGCGUUUUGUUCAGUACUUGGCUUCAAGGAACACACUAUUCAACCUCAGUAAUUUUUUGGACAAAAGUGGGUUACAAGGUUAUGACAUGUCCACAUUUAUCAGGAGGUAUAGUCGAUACCUGAACGAGAAAGCCGUUUCGUACAGACAGGUUGCAUUUGACUUCACAAAAGUUAAACGCGGAGUGGAUGGCGUAAUGAGGUCCAUGAAUACAGAGAAGCUUCUCAAGACAAUCCCCAUUAUUCAGAACCAGAUGGACGCACUCCUCGAUUUCAAUGUCAAUGCCAACGAGUUGACUAAUGGAGUCAUCAAUGCAGCCUUCAUGCUCCUCUUCAAAGACUCCAUUAGGCUCUUUGCUGCUUAUAAUGAAGGCAUUAUCAACCUGCUUGAGAAAUACUUUGACAUGAAAAAGAUUCAGUGUAAAGAAGGUUUGGACAUUUACAAGAAGUUUCUGACCCGAAUGACCCGGAUAUCAGAGUUCCUCAAAGUAGCAGAGCAGGUGGGCAUCGAUCGAGGAGACAUUCCAGAUCUAUCACAGGCUCCCAGUAGCCUUCUAGAUGCUCUGGAGCAGCACUUGGCCUCUUUGGAGGGCAAAAAGGUCAAGGACUCAACUGCAGCCAGCAGGGCCAGCACUCUGUCAAAUGCAGUGUCAUCACUCGCCAGCACGGGGAUGUCUUUUACUAAAGUGGAUGAGCGGGAGAAGCAGGCAGCUCUCGAAGAGGAACAGGCUCGACUCAAAGCUCUGAAGAGGCUCAAAGAGCUGUCCAAGAGGCCCUCCUUCGCUACCACUGAUACAUCGCCGAUCUCCACCACAGGUGGCACUAUCUGCACUGCACCAGCCAUUGACCUCUUCUCUACACCCAGCUGCUCUAACGGUGCAGUGAAGAUGCAGAGCGACCUUUUUGACCUGCAGUCAACUUUCCAGCCCGGCUCAACAGGGCCUCCAGUGGCAACAGCGUGGACAGGAUACUCGACGCCACAGGCCCCUCUACAACAGUCAGCAGGAGGACUCCAAGUGGACUUUGAGUCCGUUUUUGGAGCCAAUGCCGUGGGCAGCAACAGCCUCAAUUCUGAUGAUAUUUCUGGGGGCAUCCUGAAACCGACUCUUGCCGGCUCUAACCAGGCGUCUGGUCAGCUGCCAGACAAGCUGGUGUCAGACGACCUUGACUCCUCCCUGGCCAACCUUGUCGGCAACCUCGGCAUUGGGAACGGUACUAUGAAAAAUGACAUGCACUGGAGCCAGCCGGGGGAGAAGAGGAUGACCGGUGGCACCAACUGGCAGCCUAAAGCUGCGCCGAGCACAACCUGGAACCCCGUUUCCAUGCCAUCGUCAGUCAUGGCCUUCCCUGCUACCACACCCACUGGCAUGAUGGGAUAUGGCAUGCCUCCACCAAUGGGCUCUAUGGGGAUGAUGAAUCCACCCACCAUGAUGUACUCCCAGCCUGUAAUGAGGCCACCCAACCCCUUUGGCUCUGUGUCUAGUGCUCAGAUGCAGUUCAUGUAAUUUGAAGAAAAGUGUCUCUCGGAAGAUGAAGCACUUUGCAGCAAAGCUUUGUCCUCGUCGCAGUCUAACUCUUCGGAGAAACAUUCACCCCCCCCACCCUCCAAAUACAGACACGAGAACACAAUGGUGCAGCGACUGUCAGAAACCAUGGCAACCAUGUCCGAAUGACAUCUGGCGAUAGCUCACACCUAUUAUUCUGUAACUUGUCCGAGACGUGGAGCGAUGCUGCUGUCUAAACCCCCUUAAAAGAGGAUUCCUUAUCCAUUUUACAGUGUAUUCUGUAAAGAUAGAUAUGGGUGCUGAGAAACUUUGAUGUUAUGUAUUUGGAAAUACUGUGGUUGGAUGUAAAGGCUUGAUGUUCAGCGGGGAGGAGGUGGAAGGAGACAAGGAGAGCAUUCCCUCCCUUUCUUGAUCCGAUCAUCAGUCAUCGACUCCCUACAGUUAUUUAACUGUCACUAAGUAGUGAUGCUAAUGGCGUUUACACCUGUUUAGUUUUUGUCUUUUUUACAGUGUUUACAGUAGACAUUCCUUGUGUGUUGAUUGUAUUUAUUUAUGAUUAUUGGUUUAAGAUUGGGAGGAAAAAAAUAAUGUAAAAUCUACAGUACAUUGAACACCUGUGGGAGUGCUUCAGCAUUAAACAAGGAUCUCAGACUCAUUGAGAGGUAGAGUUAAGAAUAGCUAUUAUAUAAAUUACACCUAUUAAGCGGAAUGAUAGAGCACUAAAUAUUCUACGAGUUUUGUGUUAAGGAAACUUUUUUACUAGAGGAAAGAUUUCACAAUCCCAUUGUACUUAAAGUGCAGGGGCUAGAGUACGAGUCAGUUACCAGUAUAUAGUCGAUUCUGUGCCUAGGGUUUUUUGCAAUGGAUCAGUUUCCUGUCUAAAAACACUUCAUCCACGAAUCUGAAGCGUCACACUGGGUGGUGGGCUCCAUUUGCUUUAAGCUUGGCAUGCCGUUGACUCACUGACCGUAUUCAAGGCUGCCUUUACUCUGAAUGUGGAAGAGUUGUCUUCAUGUUGCACACAUCUUUCCACACAACAGUUCCUCAGCGGGAGUGGGGGGUCGGGGUUGAGGCGGCAAAGUGUGUCUGCUUGUUGGUUAGCUGUCACUACGCUAACGGGGAAAGGGUCACAGAUUUGAUGUAAAUUAAUUGUAUAAAAAGAUCCAGAGGACCAGGGUGGCGUGGAGGAGCACUGUUGAUCGGUGCUUCAUGUAUAUAAACACUGACUGUUCUUUGAGUUUCAAAAGUGAAAGAUGUAUGAAAUAUGAAAGCAAUUCAAUCAAAUUUGACUCUACCUAAGUUUGAUUCAGGAUAUUCUCUGCGUUUGUCUCCGCAGAUAUUUUCUUUAUGUAAUUAGAAUGUGUAGCAGACAAUGACUGAUGUAUUUUCUUUCUUUUACAAAUAAAGAGCAGCUUCCACA